CUCCAUAAUAUUAUCAUUUUUACCCGGGCCUCCAGUUACUUGCAUUACUGUAACCAUUAGAAGGACCCUGUGGCUUAUUUUGUUUUAGUCUGGGAUUCAUUCUAUUUUAUUUGGUCCUCUUAAUGUUCUGGUAAUUACUGCUGUACAAGUUCCAAAAUGAUAAUGCAUUCUCAAUGGAACAAAGAAAUAUGGACUUCAAUUUAACUUAGCUUCACAAUGGAUGUUAUAUGACUUUGUACCAACAGUAUUGCUCUGUUAACUGAAGUUUAUUUAUAGCUCAUCUAUUUUUGGUGCUCUUUACAAAUCAAUUAAUAUGUCGUCUGUGAAAGUGGCUGUGAGGGUUCGUCCCUUCAAUAACAGAGAAAUGAGCAGGGAGGCUGAGUGUAUUAUUGACAUGUCAGGGAACACAACAACAAUAACCAAUCCAAAGGCUGGCCCAAAGGAGGCUCAGAAUAAAAGUUUUAACUUUGACUACUCCUAUUGGUCUCACACAACUCCUGAAGACCCAAACUUUGCUGACCAGAAGAAAGUUUACGAUGAUAUAGGUCUCGAGAUGUUAGAUCAUGCUUUUGAAGGAUAUAAUGUCUGUAUAUUUGCUUAUGGCCAGACUGGCUCUGGGAAAAGCUAUACCAUGAUGGGAAAAAAUGAACCAGGUCAGGAGGGUAUUAUACCUCAGUUGUGUGAGGAUUUAUUUAGAAGGAUCUCAGGCCAGAAGAACAACGACACUACAUUUUCUGUUGAGGUAAGCUACUUUGAAAUUUACUGUGAGCGAGUUCGUGAUCUGCUAAAUCCAAGCAACAAGAAUGCUCUUAGAGUCAGAGAACACCCACUGCUUGGACCUUAUGUGGAGGACCUGUCAAAGCUGGCAGUGCAGUCCUUUGAAGACAUCAAUAAUCUCAUUGAUGAAGGCAACAAGGCUAGGACAGUGGCAGCCACCAACAUGAAUGAGACAAGUAGCCGCUCCCACGCUGUGUUCACCAUUAUAUUCAGUCAGCGGCGCUAUGACCCUGAUACUAAGAUUGUUGGGGAAAAAGUGAGUAAAAUAAGUCUUGUGGAUCUGGCUGGAAGUGAGAGAGCAGACUCCACAGGGGCCAAAGGCACCAGGCUCAAAGAAGGUGCUAACAUCAAUAAAUCUUUAACCACUUUGGGUAAAGUCAUCUCUGCUUUGGCUGAAAUAAGCUCAAUGGAUCCAAAAGCCAAAAAUAAGAAAAAGAAAGCAGACUUUAUUCCCUACAGAGAUUCUGUGCUGACUUGGUUACUGAGAGAAAACUUGGGUGGAAACUCAAAAACGGCUAUGGUGGCAGCACUGAGUCCUGCAGACAUCAAUUAUGAUGAAACACUUAGCACACUGAGAUAUGCUGAUAGAGCUAAACAGAUCAUGUGCAAGGCUGUGGUCAAUGAAGAUCCCAAUGCUAAACUUAUCAGGGAGCUUAAAGAGGAGGUGGCAAGGCUGAAAGACAUACUUACAAGUGAAGGCAUUGAACUGGGAGAAGGUCAAAGUAUGCAGGAGUACUUAGAACAGCGUGGCAGAUCAAGGUCAAGGAAAGAGUCUGUGACACUGGAGGGUGGGGAUGAUGCCCUAGAGAGACUGAAGGAGACAGAGAAACUCAUUGCUGAACUGAACUUGUCAUGGGAGGAGAAACUCCACAAGACAGAAUCUAUAAGAAAAGAAAGAGAAGCACUUCUGGCUGAGAUGGGUGUAGCCUUAAAAGAAGAUGGUGGAACAAUAGGUGUUUUCUCUCCAAAGAAGUCUCCACAUUUGGUCAACCUGAAUGAAGAUCCACUCAUGUCAGAAUGUUUGCUUUAUUACAUAAAGGAAGGGACUACUAGAGUUGGGCUCCAUGAUGCAGAGAAACCUAAUGAUGUGCAGCUGAGUGGAUCCAAUAUAUUGGAAGAACAUUGUCUCUUUGAAAAUAUUGAUGGUAAUGUGACUCUAAUACCAUGUGAAGGUGCACUCUGUUAUGUCAAUGGCAGGCAGGUGACGGAGCCUGUCAAGAUGAAGACUGGUGCCCGUGUCAUUCUUGGGAAACACCAUGUCUUUAGAUUCAACCAUCCUCAGCAAGCACGAGCCAGUCGAGCAUUGAUGAGUGAGUCCAUGAUAGAAUCUACAGAUAACCCAAUCACUGAGCCAGUGGACUGGACAUUCGCUCAGCUAGAGCUGCUGGAGAAACAGGGAAUAGAUCUGCGUAAGGAAAUGGAGAGUCGUCUCAUGUUGCUAGAGGAACAGUAUAGAAAGGAGAAGGAAGAGGCAGACCUACUGUUUGAGCAACAAAGACAGGACUAUGAGAAUCGCAUCCAGUCUCUACAAGAACAGGUGGAGAGGCACUCGAUGAUCUCCAGUGUGGCUACUACCAACAUUUUUGAAGAGGAAGAGGAGGAAGAAGAAGUACAUUGGAGUGACAGAGAGAAAGAUUUGGCUGCUUGGGCUUUUAGGAAAUGGAAAUAUCAUCAGUUCACAUCACUUCGAGAUGACUUAUGGGGGAAUGCAAUUUUCCUGAAAGAAGCCAAUGCUAUAAGUGUGGAAUUAAAUAAAAAGGUCCAAUUCCAGUUUGUUCUACUGACUGACACCCUGUACUCCCCCCUUCCUGCUGAUCUAUUGCCUGCUGAAGAACGAGAUGACUCACGCCCUUUCCCCAAGACCAUUGUUGCAGUGGAGGUUCAGGACACAAAGAAUGGAGCCACCCACUACUGGAGCCUGGAGAAGCUACGGCACCGUCUGACGCUGAUGCGGGAAAUAUACAAUGAAGACCUGUCCCCAGACACCCCAGAGGCUAAGCAGGAUAUUUUCCACUGCCUCUCGGCCUGUGGGCAACAAAAUGUUUUUAAUUUCCGCACCCUCAUUCCUUCAAGGCAACGAUUGGAGCUGAUGAGAGAGAUGUACCACAAUGAGGCUGAACUGUCACCUACUUCACCUGAACCAAACAUUGACAGUAUGACUGGUGGGGAUCCAUUUUAUGAUCGCUUCCCUUGGUUUAGAUUGGUAGGAAGAGCAUUUGUUUAUCUGAGCAACCUAUUCUAUCCAGUUCCGCUUGUGCACAGAGUAGCAGUAGUGAAUGAUAAAGGCGAUGUCAAAGGUUACCUCCGAGUAGCUGUUCAAGCCAUCACUGACAAAGAUGACCCUCAAGAAUACAGUGCUGGUGUGAAGCAGUCAGGCAAUGCCAAAAUUACAUUCAGUGAUGAGGAAUAUUUCAACAAGAAACAGAUCCAAGCCACGAGCUUCCCUCUACCUCCAGGGAUGGAGAAACCAGUGGACACAAUGGUGUCCUCACUGGAGGAACUUCGUAUUGUGGAAGGUGAAGGACAAACUAUGGAUAACUCCAUGCUCAUUUCAGAAAAUCAUCUUAUAGAAAGUGACAAUAAAACUAAAGGCCAGUACGGUAAGUUUGAUUACUGCCCAGAAAUGAAUGCUUCAGACUUGCCAGAACAUCUGACCAUUGGUAGCCAGUUCCAGUUCCGAGUGACCAUUCUCCAGGCCUCCAACAUCUCACCAGAGUAUGCAGACAUAUUCUGCCAGUUCAACUUUUUGCAUCGUCAUGAUGAAGCAUUUUCAACUGAGCCAUUAAAGAACACUGGGAAAGGUCCUCCACUAGGAUUUUAUCAUGUUCAGAAUUUCACUGUGACUGUGACCAAAUCCUUCAUUGACUACAUUAAAACACAACCUUUGGUCUUUGAGGUGCUGGGUCACUAUCAGCAACAUCCCUUACAUGAACAGUCUAAAGAUUGCCCUUAUGUGAGGCCACCACCAAGUCGAAGUUUCCCCACUAUGCCAGUGUCCAAGCCAGUCCCUUCACCAAAGUAUGGCAUCAUUGCACCAUCUAGUAAGUCAGAGGAGGAUGAAAAAGACAAAAAUGAUGAUUUUGAGAGAAAAAAAAAGAGGAAAGCUCAGGACAGGUCCUUAAUAUUGAAAGUGAAAAAUACCUUGAAUGAUGGCUCAAGUCCUGUACACUCUCAGUGUGAUCUCUUGGUCUGGUUUGAAAUCUGUGAGCUAGCUCCUAAUGGAGAAUAUGUUCCUGUAGUGGUAGACCAUUCAGAAGAUCUUCCUACUAAAGGUAUAUUCAUGUUGCACCAAGGUAUCCAGCGUAGACUGCGCAUUACCAUUGUUCAUGAGAAGAGAACUCAUUUUGCUUGGAAAGAUGUCAGGGAACUUGUUGUAGGUCGCAUCAGGAAUACUCAGGAGUUUUAUGACUAUGAUAUAGAGACAACAGUUCUGUCCCUUGGUCUAUUUCCUGCUCAUUUCCUACAGUAUCAGAAUGAUGACAGAGUGUUUUUCCAGUUUGAAGCAGCCUGGGACAGCUCUCUUCACAAUUCUCCUAUGCUGAAUAGAGUUACAGCUUAUGGAGAGAAGGUCUACAUGACCUUGUCAGCUUAUCUUGAGGUUGAGAAUUGCGCCCAGCCAGCAUGUAUAACUAAAGAUCUGUGCAUGGUAGUACACUCUCGAGACACAAAGAUCUCAGCGCCAAGUCCCCGUUUCAGAGCCCUAAAGAGUCUGUUUGGAGUCGCUCGCUACCCAGACUGCGGCAAGGUUUCAGGAAUCUAUGAGCUGCUGCUACGACAGUACUCUGACUCAGGUAGUCCAGGAGUGGAGCGUAGACAGAGGCGUGUCCUAGACACAUCACUGACCUAUGUGCGUGGGGAGGAGAACUUGAAUGGUUGGAGACCAAGGGGUGACUCAUUGCUUGGUGACCACCAGUGGGAGCUGGAGAAACUGGCUAGACUACAGUUGGUUGAAAAAACCAGACAUGUUAUUUUACUGAGAGAGAAGCUGGCAGAACAGAACAAGUCCCAUGAACUCAGUAAGCUAGACAAAGAAAUUGUUAACAGGCAGGCCAAGAACCAAAAAAUCCAAGGCUAUGAGCACACUGAGAUCAAGUCUGAUGAGAACCCUAAAGAUGUGGACAUCAAGGAGAAGAAUGUCCAGAUUCUCUGCCGUGGGGAAAGUUUUGACCUCAAGACAGAUGGAGACCCGGAAAAGGAGCUAGCUGCCAGGUGUGUCCGCCUAAUGCUGCAAGGCCGACUUCCACUGAAACCUCCACCUGUAAAGUUGGACUCUAUGUUAAGCUCGACAACUACAGUGACCUCAGAGGAAAGUGAGACCAGCUCAGACUCCCUUGGCACAAGUUUGUCCAGUUCCAUGGUCUCUGAUAUUGUCAAAGCUGUUCCAAUUCAGUCCAGUAAAUCAUGUGACAGCCUAUUGACCUCCUCGCCAUCUCCUUCUGGGGAAUCCGCUGACCGCAAGUUGUCACUGCCCAUCAAGACUAUCAAUCUGGACACUCCCAUGUUUGUUCCUGACAUUGAGGAGGUGAGGCCAAGUCCAGUGGUGUCAAGAAGAGGCUACCUUAACUUCCUGGAAGACAACACUAAUGGUUGGAUCAAAAAAUGGGUGGUUGUUCGCAGACCUUACGUCUACAUUUUUAACAAUGAGAAGGACCCAGUUGUUCGUGGUAUAAUUAAUUUAGCCACAGCCAACAUUGAGUACUCUGAAGACCAGCAGGCACUGUUGAAGACUCAGAAUGCUUUCUCAGUCAUGACCAAGCACAGAUGCUUCCUGUUACAAACAUUGGAUGAUAAAGAUUUUCAUGACUGGCUCUAUGCCAUCAAUCCUUUACUUGCUGGUCAGAUUAGGUCCAAGCUCUCUCGCAGAAAGCAGCCAAUGAAGAUUUAACGACUGAGGUGAUAAUGAUUACAACUGAGUGAUGGAGUUCUGAUCCAGUCAUUAUGUGACCCACCCUGUGGAUACCUGUAGCUUGUAGUUGUCACCUAAAUAUAUUUCUAUGUCACAAACAAUCUAUCACAACCUGAACAAAAUAUCCUCUAACCAGAAAAAUAUGUUAUCUCUAUAGACUUUCAUUUUUUUUUUCUUUCUUUGGGCUUCUAAUCAACUUGAUUUAUUCUCUCAUUUCCUCGUGUUCAGAAAGAGGCUUCCAAGGAAUUCUGUUGUAACCUCAUCAUUGUGUCACUCAUGUGCACUAACCAUCAUUAUAAAUUGAGUAGUUUUUUAGCAACAAAACUUGGAGCUUUUGCUAUUGAUUAAAAUCCCAGUUGUCAUAUAGUGUUGUUUUGUUUUCCAGGUUAAAAAUAUUUAUCAAACGUUUAAGUAGUUAUAAUAAUUAAAACAAGCCUGGUUAAAACACUUGCAGUAGUCUGAAAAAAUACUAUUCAUUUUGUUGAACUAAAUAUUGAUAUGCUGAAACUGACAGACAACAAUCUUACUUGUUUAUCUAGACUCAAUGCUCAUUUAAAGGAAAUAAUAACUAAUAUGUAUAGCCAUACAAAUGGAUGGUCCCAUUACUUUUUUAAGUUUACAUCCUUAUCCAUUAUGAUAUUGUUAUUAUUCUUGUUAUAAUGAAUGUGCAAUACAGUUUUGUGUAUUUAAUGUUUCAGCUUCUCAUAUAUCUUGGUGUUGCUUUGAGAUUUACACAUUUUUUUAUUGCCUGAGUUCUUUUCAGAAAUUUUAGUCUCUUUUCUGAAACAUUUGUUUUUUUUUAAACAUCCUAUAACUUCCUCUCAGCAAACAGUUCAUACACUGAGAUGUGGCACAUAUUUAAAAGCUUUUUCAGGUUUAUAAAAUAUUUAUUUUGACCUAUCUUCUUUGUCAGACAGGAGUUAUUUGAAUAAUCUAAGUGGAAAUCACUGAAAAGCUUGACCUAUAGUCCUAUAUACUUUUUUUUUUUGUAUUUUUAAAUAUUUUCCCUACCUCUAAUGUAUUUAUCAAAAUAUUUCAAUGAAGAUAGUGAAUUCCAACCAAUGAUUUAGUCUACCAAUCCAUUGAAGACUAUAUGUAACUUUCUGUGGUAUUGCUAGGCAACUGUAUUGCUGUUUAUUAGUCCUAUAUCCUAUUAAGUAGACCUAAAGGAAUUGUAUAUGCAUUUUGCAUGUUCUAUUAUUGGUUUCUUUGUUUUGAUUUAUUUAUAUUUUUUUUUAUCUAUGAGGCAAUAAACAAAGUAAAUCAUUCUUUAAAAAGUUAAAAGUUUGAAUAAUAUAAGAUGAAUUACUGAAAAAGUUAGCCUCUUUACAAAUGUCAUCUAAAAAAAGAAAGAAAAAAAAUAGUUGCAAAUGAAACAAAUAUUUUUUUUUUUCUCUUCAAAUAUUUCUGUGUAUUUCUGUAAAUAAGGCUCAAGAAUAUAUCUGUAGCUGUAAAUUAGGCUUUUCAUUAUUUUAUAUUUUUAUUCUGUAAAUUGUAAUUGUUACAUUAAGUGGGUGAGUAUCUUCAUUGGAAGAGAAUUGUAAAAACUUUUAACAAACUGGAGACAAAGACCUGUCUAUGUGAGGUCUUGUCAACAUGUUUUUAUCUCUUACCUACCAAAUCUUUGAGAUAUUUUUGUUUUUAAGACAAGAAGCAUUUUUUUUUAAUUUAUUUUUAAAUUAAAAUGCAGCUGAUGAACUCUAGACCCACUGUUAUUAACUCUCUAAUUAGUCAUCUUUUCUUGUUUUAGUAAUGUUCCAGUCAAACAUUUACUCCCAAAAAGUGAAUCACAUUCCUCAUGUACUUUUAAACAUAUAUAGGUUGCUUUUUGGUGUUAGUACUUGUGUAGCUUCUUUGGAUUCUGUGGAACCUCUUGUUUCACUUUAGUCAUUUGGCUGAAUUGGAGGCCACUUGCCUGCAAUUAUUUUCCAAUUAGCUUUCUUUGGCUGUGAUCUUGUAUAUUUUGCAUCUCUGUAAGUUUGUAUAUUUCAUUUACUCUUUGGUGUUGCAUAGUUUUGUACAUUAUUUGUAGAUCUACAUUUAUAUAUAUACCUGUAUAAAUAUAUGACCUCUGAAUGUAAAUAUAACUAUCAUUAGAAGAAGAUCAGAAACUGUGAAGAUUAUUUCAUCCUUCAAGUUUUAUCUUAAGUAUGAAGAACGUGGUCAAUCAUUAAAUAAGUAAGUUUUUUUUUAUUGAAUAACUUCAAACUGGGUUAUGAAAAACAACAAGGGGCUUUGUUUUUGGCCACAGUUUCUGAUAAUUUAGCGACACUUGUACCUUUUCUUUGACAUGCAUCAUUGUACCCUCAUUGGCUGUGAUUUCAUGUAGAUAUAUAAUGUCAGCUUCCCUGUGAUGAAAUUUGUGUUAAUCCUAAUGUACAUUGAUGCCAUGAACAUGCUCUCACAUUAUGUAACAGAGGUCAAAAGUUUGUGUCACUCUUCAAGUGCUUUUAGACUUUUUUAGGCAUUAAAGAAACAGCAGUAUAUUUGAUGUUGACAUUCAGAUACCAAAAUUCAAAAAGUCUUCAAAUGUAAGUAAAUAGCUUAUAAAAUUAGAUUUUGUUAAUUGAUCAAGAAGACUGAAAAAAAUGAAUUGAUUUUUGUAUUUUGCAUACAAAGCACAUUGAGGAAGACCUUGAGGUGAGGUCUGUGUCUAAACAUUGAUGUUCACGCUGUAAAAAGCAUGUAGAGAGACACGCUGCAUUAGCUGCUUGUGUCCUGUGUGUGUCUGUGUGGCGUGUUUAGCUUUCAGGUUUUUCUCUCUUUCAUUCAAAAUGGUAUCUACUGAAACAGUUGGCCCAGUCACUUUUAGCAUUGUCUAGUUUUAGAGGAGUGGGUUCAUUCAAAAUGAAACCACUUUUUCAUUUGGUUCCUGUUUAAUUUCCAGACUUGUUUAUCUCUAUACUAAUGUUUCUCAUGUCUGUCCUACUGCUCAUACAGUUCCUGAUGUCUUGUUGUUUUAUUGAAUGAAAAAAAAAUUUUCUUAAAUUUAUUAUUCAUAACAUAGUAAAAUAUUGUGUGUUUUUUUUAAUAGAUACAAAAUUGUUGAAUUCAUUUUGAUUUUUCAAAUUGAGGCAUAUAUUAGACUUUAAAAAAAAAUAUUUUUGUUUAGAUACAUUAUUAAAGAUCUUUUGUUGAUGGUAACUUGAUAUAUUUAUGUAAAGCUCUAUUUAUAUUUGAUGUAACAUUGUAAUAAAAGUUUCUAGAAUAAAGGGGUUGAGGUCAGGUGAACCAGACCUGACCUCAGGCUGAUAAGUUUCAUGGAUCUAGAGAUUUUACUGACACAAACUGGACAUAUUAUAUAUGUAUGACCCUUCUCAUUCUAACUCUGCUGUGACUAUUACAAGUGUAACCCUCUGCCCAUUGCAGGGCAGAUGUAGAAUUUGUCAAUCAAGGGGAACAAGAAAGUCAGUAAUGUUUCAUUCCCCCAACAGAUUGUCACACACAGAGUUAGGCUUCAUUCACUCAUCUCAUACAUCAAGUCUUGUGACAAUUUUGUGACAUGUUGUCUAUGUGUGACAUUGUUUUAUGUGUGUGCAAUAUUCCAUCUCACCCCUUCAGUCACACAAAGUCAUUCUCCUGUAGUCAUGAUCCCAUUUUGUUGGCAACAUUUCUGUUAGCUUCAGUCAAAUUGUUUAUUUCUGUUAAUGUACACUAGUUUUGUUUGAAAUAUUGCUACUUUUGUCUUACAACUAGAUUUGAAAAAGAAGCAAACACAUUUUGUUAGAGUAAACUUUGAAAUUGUAUAAAGAAUUUUUUUAAUGAUUCAUAACUGAGUCAAUUUUUUGAUGAAGUAGAUUAUUGAAAUAAAAAUUGAAAGUAUUUUCUUUUUUUUUUAAUAAUGGAGAUUUUUAAAAAUGGUUUAACAAAAACAUUUAUCAGCUGUUUCUGAUCAUCAGCUUAAAAAAAAAGGUUCUUGGCAUUUUAUUUUAAUAUUGUUGUUAGUUAAUCCUUGAGUGACAGUGAUCCAUUACAAUUUGGCACUGUGGCAAUUAUCCCCUACUCUCCUAUUUUGUGUUUAAAUUAUUGGAAUGUAACUUAUUUUCUAUUGUGUCUGACCACCAUUAAAGCUACAAUGGAUACUUUAGCCUCUUGCCUUCCUCAAUGUUUCUCUCUCUCGUGUGUUGGUACACACAGAGGUGUACAAUCAGAGAAGAGAAACAAUCAUUCGCAUUUCGUCUGUGGGAAGGUAAAGCUCAUAGGAAUCGUAAUUAAAGCCAGAUUUUUUACAAUUGUUUUACCAAAUUGUCAUUUUAGUUUGAGAAAUACUUUGGUUUAUGAAAAGAUUUUUUUUUUUUCAUUUUUAGCCAUUGAAUUUGUGUAUGACUAUUUAAUCUUAGAAUCUAUUUCCAUUUCAACUUAGUGAUAUUUCCAUUGGUAGUGAUGUUUCCAUUUGGUCUUGUUCAGACAGUUCUUUGCUUGUGCAUUUGUCAGCUCCUCUCAAAAUGAGCAAGAAAAAAAAAGAAAUAAAAAUAUUUUGCGAGUCAAAAUAA